AACGAAUGUCCCGAAUGAGACAUGAAAUUAUUCCUCAUUUAGGGAAUUUUAUGUGGCAGGAAAAAGCUCCACAUCCGGUAGAAUGCCCAAGCCUUACGCCUUUGAUAAGCAACACAUGCACCAGUAAAUUAAGCAUGUUGUUGAUAUUUUCUUUUCCAGAAAUAUUCUACAAAAAUCCAACAGAUAUCCAAACAGAUCGUUUUCUGUUCAUCUGUUUCCUGAUUCAAUUUUGAGUUUAUGUUCUACAAUUCUACUGCAAACCACUGAGUUAGAAGCCAUUAGCCUCUGCAUGGAGAGAAAUCAUAGAAAAAAGGCAUCGGAAAACUGCACAAAACAACAGAUUAACAGGUUAGAAUUAGAUAAGAAAAAACGAGAUGCUGAGAGUGAGAUCGACCAAUUAUUGUCCCAACUUAAUCUCACUGUUUCGGAUAUCCAUUCCCUGCAAAACGAGGUCAAGCUCAUUAGAUCGAUGGGCAAGAACUCGCACGACGGUUGCUCGAUAAAAUGCGGCGUCGAGAAGGCUUCUCUAGCGCAGGCCGCCGACGCAGAACUGGAGGCGGCGAAGAAAGAAUUGCUAAGCUUUAAGGAAGAAGGUUUCAAGCUCAUGGAUGGCAUGGAUGCUAUAAGGGAAGAAAUCCGCCAUGUUGCUAAGGAGAAGCAGCGAUCGAGCAGCAUUAGCAAGAGAUUAGAAUCCAUAGUUGAGCAAUUAAACUACGAGCUCCGAAGUUCCAAGUCCAAAUUGGAGGUUGCCUCGUCGGCUCAGAAGAGGGCUUCGGAUAUAGUCUCCGAUCUCCCGGCGGAUCUGCGACGGCUACAGGCAGAUAGAGAUGCAGCCGAAAGAGAUGCACAGUCGACACAUGAAGCAAUCGAAGCCUUCAGAUCGGAACUGAUGAAGACAGAAUCUAGUGUUUUGUAUGUGGAAGAGAGACUUCAAGCAGCAAUGGAAGAGAUGAAAGCAGCAAUAACGUUUGAGGCAAUUGCAGAGCAGAAGCUGAGGGCAAUUGCAGACAGCAACAGUAGAAACAGAGCGAACUCGUCUCUAUAUGGAUCCAGUACUGUAACCGUAUCUAAGUUUGAGCACUACUUGAUCGAGCAAGCUAAGGCAGCUCAGGAGAUUGCUGGCCAAAAAGUAGAAGCAGCUCAAGCAUGGAUAGAAGCCUUGGCAACUGGCAAAGAUGGGGAUCACAAUGCUCAGAGAAGAAGACUUUCAACCAGUUCAAGGAAACCAUUUGUGCCCAAGAAGACAAUUAAAACUAAGCUCAGUGUUCACGAUGCAGAUAAGAAACAAGUUCAGUCUUUGGAUUCGAAACUUGCUCCAGAAACGAGAAGGAGAUCUUUCACUCUGAGCCGAGUACCAGAUCAAUCCAGGAGAGUAAAGCUUAGGAGAUCAGCAGGCUCAUCAAAAGCACAGCCGGCUGUAGUCUCAUCGGACACAUGCUUAGCAGUUGGUAGAAAGAAGAUCAUCCUCAAGCUAAUUAAGUUCCUUGGUGGAAGCGGUUCAGCAAAUAAAACUUGAGAUUUAUUGCACUUCAGAAGUUUUAGGAGAAGAAGAAAUCUCUUUAUGGUUCCACCUCUGCCGACUGCAGCAGUAGAAUUAUAUUCCUUUGUGUUGUUGCCACGAUAGGACUAGGUUAUGUGAGUGUAUAUAAUAUAUGUUUGGUAUGUCUGCCAUUUAACUUAACUGAAUCCGAAUCCAAUGCGAUUUAGCCGAUUUUA